GCUUGCCCAACAAACUCCCUCCUUCUCCCUCCCUCAGCCAAUUCUUCUCCGUUCCCGGGCAGCAAGCGAAUCGGAGAGGGUUCCGCUCCCAUCCCUCCCAUCUCUGCUGUGCGCGUGUUCGGCACAGGGCAUGUCUUCCACGAGCGGGAGCGGGGGCGGGGGCGGGGGCGGGGGCGGAGGCGGAGGCGGAGCCGCCGCUUCCGGUCGUCGCGAUCCCGCUAGCGACGCGCCAGGAGGCGGAGGUGGAGACGAAGGGGGAGGCGGAGACGCUUCCGGUCAUCGCGAUCCCGCUACCGACGCGCCAGGAGGCGGAGGCGGAGGCGGAGACGUCCCCAGUCCCCAUCCUCAUCAGCGGGCAACUACAGAUCACAAAAGAAAUGAUCGGCUGACAUGGAUAUGGAUUUUCUUGGAGAAUGAGCACGAAUUCGGAAUUAUUUGAUGUUAUGGAUUUUAUUCAAAUAUAACUGCGAAUUGUUGGAGUUCUUUUGAAACAAUGGAUCAGUUAUUUACUUUUGAGACUCAUGGAGUAUUGGACUUCAUUUCGAAACAUGUUCAUUACUACAAUAGAAAAUGCCGAUAAUUUUUGUGGAAGGACGUGUUGAAGCUUAUGAUGGUGAAAAUGAAGAACUGGAUACGUUAGAGGCAUUGACAUCAGUACUGCAAGCGCCACCUUCUAUGGACAGUGUUCUAAAAAACGAGCUUACUACUGGAGCAGAGAUAGUGCAGGUGGAGCAAUAUGACAAUCAGCUCGGACCCGAUGAUUUGCAAGCCUGCCUUCGUCAACGAGAAUGGAACCGUGCACUUGAUAUCUUGACUCACAUGGUGCGGAACGGAGCUGCUGCCGGUAACGCCGUGAAUGCUGAGGCAAACCCGCUGGAUAUCAGGAGGGCACACCCCGAGCUUGUGUUGUUGCUUCGGGGGCAAGCAUUAUUUGAUAUGAGGAAAAUGGGUGAUGCGAUCCGAGCUGGUGCUUAUCACCGCAACUAUAUCCGUGCUGAUUAUCCUCAUGAUUCCAGUACCGGCAUCGAGUUCGCGGACAAGCUGUUGGCUGAAAUACAUGCGAUGGUUCAGAGUGAGGCACCGCCGAGAAAAUGUUGCUUCAAUGACAAGAAAACACGCCGAUCUGUUAAUGAUUACCUGAAAAUUUAUUUUCCUACAUUCCGAAAUGUAGAGAUAGAAGAUGGAGUUGUACCUAUAGGACUCUUCGGCGAGAGACGGGGUAACGAGGUGCGUUGCCUUGCCUGCCAUGAUUUCAAGAAGAAGAAAUACAGCGAGAAAAAGCUCUACUAUCAUCAGCUAAAUGACCCUGAAGGGAGACAGGCGCGAUGUCCUGCUUCCACUGAGUACAUACGGAAAAAGAUUCGUGAUGUUCUCCCAAGAAGAGAGGCAGCAACAACAGAGCAUCCUCCUCUUCAGGAUGGCACACAGGGACCAUGAACCUCAGGUGUUUCUACAUCUUGAUGAUGAACACAGUGAAACGUUAUGAGUGGAGUAGCAUCCUCCUCUUCAGUUGGCGCACAGGGACCAUGAAACUCGGUGUUUCUACAUCUUGAUGAUGAACACGGUGAAACAUUAUGAGUAGAGUGCUGUACGCCUAAUAUAGUUGCCUCUGUACGCGAUGGUAUAUUACUCGAUCGGAUCAGUUGUAUAGAUCAGAGUCUUUAGUUGUUCCUUAACUAGUUGCCUCUAUACGCGAUGGUAUAUUACUCGAUCGGAUCAGUUGUAUGGAUCAGAGUCUUUAGUUGUUCCUUAACUAGUUGCCUCUGUACGCGAUGGUACAUUACUCGAUCGGAUCGGGUGUAUGGAUCAGAGUCUUUGUUGUUCCUUAACUGUGAAUAGAUGAGUCUUCGUCGGCAAACAACGAUGGCCUGGCCGUACAUGGACCAUGGAUAGA